GAUAAGAUUCAAGAAACUGGGAACUCGUUGACUCGUUGACUCGUUGACUCGUUGACUUAAGACUCCAACAUCAAAAAUCAAAAUUCACGAAUUAAAUAUAUACGUCUUUGAUCUGAGAAACUGAGAGUAGGCCGUAGUCUAAAUUGCAAACAACACACGGAAAUUCUUGCCGAAACAGAGGGAGUGAGACGAUGGAAGCAGCGGUGACCAUGGUGGCGGAGGCAGUGGUGAAUGGGCUAGCGGAGACCUUGACGGGCUUACUGUCCGACAACUUCCAGCUAAUCUCAGACGCACACCACGACGUUCAGAAGCUCCUCCGCUGCAUCAAUGGCUUCAAGUCUAUCCUCAAAGAAUCCCGCAAAAACAGGACGGAAAAUGAAAUCGUCAAGCAGCUGGUGAAGGAAAUCAUGGACGUCGUCUACCGGUCGGAAAACCUCAUCGACCAAUACGUGGUCGACGCCAAUAUCCACGUCGAGAAGAAGCUUACCAGUCUCUUCGAUUUCCAGAGGAGAAGGGUUGUAGGAAAGAUCAAAGGUAUUCUCAAUGAGAUCAAGGAAAUCCAAGAGAAGAAGGAGUAUCAGAAAGUGAUUGAAGAUAGCCUCUUGCCCAGAGAACAUGCCCCCUCUGUGGAGCAGAAGGUACCCAUAGUGGAAGAAGUACAUGUGGUGGGGUUUGAUGGAGAGGCAAAAACAAUUAUCCAACGUCUUAUGGAGGAAUCAAGUUAUGAAGUUAUUUCAGUUUUGGGUAUGGCUGGUCUUGGCAAAACCACAUUGGCCAACAAGGUAUUCAAGUCCCAAGAAAUUGAAUAUCAUUUCAUGCAUCGUGUUUGGAUUUAUGUUUCUCGGUUGUACAAGAAAAAAGAUGUGUAUCUGCAAAUUCUAAAGAAACUACAGCAGAGCAAUGAUAAUGAUAUUAGAGCGACUGAAGAAGAAUUAGGUCUCAAGAUUAAACAAGUUAUGGAGCAUGGAAAAUAUCUCAUUGUACUAGAUGAUGUUUGGACUAAAGAAACAUUCGAAGAUAUCAUGCAUGGUGCUUUUCCAAAGAGGGAUGGUUGUAAAGUCUUAGUCACCACUCGGAAAGAUGAAGUGGCUAUGACUGUAAAUUCUUUGGGAGAGCCUCAUCGCUUAAAAUUUCUAGAGCCCGGAGAAAGUUGGGAGCUACUUGAAAAUAGGGUUUUUCAUGAAAAGGAAACCUGCCCGGAUGACUUAAAACCGUAUGGAGAAGAAGUAGCAAAAAAAUGCGGUGGUCUACCACUAGCCAUAGUUAUAAUGGCUGGUGUUUUGUGUACCAAAGAGAGAAGAAUAAAUAAGUGGCGUGAAGUGGCCAAUAGAUAUAGUUAUUUCUUUAACACGGAAGUACAGAGCUAUGAGGAGUUAAUACGAUUGAGUUAUGGUGAUUUGCCAGAUAAGUUGAAGUGUUGCUUCCUUUAUUUGGGAGCCUUUCCUAAUGGCAAUGAUAUCCCUGCUGCAAAACUGAUGCAGCUAUGGAUUGCAGAGGGAUUCAUUGAGGAAGAAGGAGGAUUAAACAUGGAAGACAUAGCAUGUGAAAAUUUGUGUGGUUUGGUGGGUAGGAAUCUAGUAAUGGCAACACAAAGAAAGCCAGAUGGUGAAAUAAAAACUUGUCGUGUCCACGACAUGUUGCUCCAGUUUUGCAAGAAGGAAGCUAUGAACGAAACUUUAUUCAAUGAAAUUAAUGGCAUGAAUCAACAACAACAGGGUUCUUCUUGUCGCCGCCUAAGUGUUCACUGUCCUUUUGAGAAUUUCAUUUCUUCUACAGAGCAAAAGCCAGAACUCCGGUCCUUAUUAUGUUUUGCCACCUCAAAUGGAGUUCAGAUUCCUCCCAAAACCAUUAAAUUACUCCGCAAGGCCUUCCCAUUGCUGAGGGUGUUACACUUUGCACCAGAUGAUUCUGUUAUUUUCACGUCUUGUAAUACAGACUUUUUUCGGUUAUUCCAUCUCAAAUACAUUGCUAUCUCCACUACAGCUCCAGUUCUUCCUAAAGAGAUUGAGAACUUGCAGAAUGUGCAGACUCUUAUAGUUAGGACAACCCGUCCUACUCUUGAAAUUAGAGGAGACAUAUGGAACAUGUCAAGGUUAAGGCAUUUUCAAACCAACGCUUCUGCCAACCUUCCUUCCCCUUCUGCUUCAAAAACCAAGAGAGCUCCCUUUGCAAAUGAAAACUUGCAAACUUUGUCUAAGGUUUCACCAUUGAGCUGCACCCCUGCUGCACUUGCUAAGGCCUCCAAUAUCAAGAAAUUGGGCAUCCGGGGGACUUUGGCUAAACUAUUGGAGAUAGACCCAACUACUGGAUCUAGUUUGUUCCAAAACCUGGGGGGUUUGAAGAAACUGGUAAAUUUUAAGCUGUUCAAUGAUGGGGAAAAACUACAGCGCCUUCCUCGUGAAUUUCCAGAGAACCUAACAAACCUCACCCUGUCUAGAACUUGCCUCCAAUGGAAAGAACUAUCUGUAUUGGGAACACUAGAGACACUUGAAAUCCUCAAGUUGAUUGAGCGUGCAGCUGAAGGAGAGUAUUGGGAGCCAAUCAUUGGCGGUUUUCUUUAUCUUCAGGUUUUGCAUAUUGAUAGGACGGACUUGAGGUCCUGGAAUGCUUCAAAUAAAAACUUCCCAAGACUCAGAAGCCUUGUUCUUAGCAACUGUGAAGAACUUGAGAUGAUUCCACAGUCCCUGGCUCAUAUAAGCAGCCUUCAAGAGAUAAAGUUGAAACAUACCAAGAAAGCAAUCACGUCUGCACAGGACAUACUCAAGCAGAAACAGAACCCAACUCAAAAAAGUAACCGCAGAUUCAAGCUCACUAUCUAUCCUCCUCUGCGUCUGGAUCAUUCUCAAGCCAGCGAGCUAGUUUAAUUUUAAUUCCCAGUGCUGGAUUAUUGCAUGCCCGCAGUUGAAUUAUUUGCACCAACCCACUUUGAUUUCUUAAGGUGAUGAUAAUGGCGGGAGUUCGAUCAAUCUGAUAUUUGGUUGUUGUGUGGGACUUUACAACUACAUUUUCAAUUCUUCGGAUGUUUGAUCGUUGUGUGGGACACCUACUACUUCUUCGGAUGUGGUCGUCGUUACGUUGUUGGUUUCUUAUAUUUCCAAAUUAAUAAUGCGACAAGCUAAGCGUGUGAGUUUGAUUGACUGAUUUAAUUUCUAAUUUUAUUUAAUUUAAUGUCCGUUACGUUGUUGGUUUGCUUUUAUUCUAUGCAUAUGCUAUCCUGUACCAGUUUACUUGAGGACGGAGUUGAAUGCCGGUAUUGCAUCAUUGUUCCUUUAAAAAA